GUUGAAAGGAAGCAUACCAAGGUGGAGGCUUACCCAGAUGACAAGCUUAGUGCGCGAGUCUCUCUCCCUUAUAACCCUUCUUCCACUUCCGUGUCUUUUACGAGUUAGAUUUCUCAUUCGUCAUGGAACAACACAUUCACUCUCUCUCUCUUUAGUGAUUUUUUCGAUUUGAUUGACAAACACAACGAACCAAAGUUAACUACUUUAGAGAGAGAGAGAGAGAGAGAGAGAGAGAGAGAUGGAGAGUGAAGGAAGAAGAGAAGGAGGAGAGAGAGAAACAACAGCAGCGACGAGGAAGGUGGAGGGUGCUGAGAGAAGAUACAAAGGAAUAAGGAUGAGGAAGUGGGGCAAGUGGGUCGCUGAAAUUAGAGAACCCAAUAAGCGUUCAAGGAUUUGGCUCGGUUCCUAUUCUACCCCUGUCGCCGCCGCACGUGCCUACGACACGGCCGUCUUUUACCUCCGGGGACCCUCCGCACGCCUCAACUUCCCGGAGCUUCUCGUCAGAGAAGGCCCGGCCGCCCUAGUCGCCGGCUGCGACAUGUCAGCGGCUUCUAUUAGGAAGAAGGCCACCGAGGUCGGUGCUAGAGUCGAUGCUCUUCAGGCAACCCUUCACCACCACUACGUGCCCCCGCGGCAACUUCUCUCUGGCGGUGGUGGUGGGUCCGGGGAUUUCCCGGUGCGGGUUGUUGACCUGAAUAAGAUGCCUGAACCCGAGAGUUCGGACUGUGAGUGGGAUGUGAAUUGAAGGAAAAAAAAGUACAUGUUUUCUUAUUCGGUUGCUAAGCGCGGGUUGAGGCAAAGUGAUGUUGUUGAUGAGGCCUAUGGUGGUGUGGAGUACUGUACUGUAUCUUAUUCCUUCAAUUUUCUCUCUUGGGUCUUGGCUAGUUUUUUUUUUUUAGAUAUUACAAAAGAAAUUUUGGCGUUGUAAAAAUAUAUUAAAUGUAAAUUAACUAGUCCAGUAGCCACUUCUUUUUCUUCUUAGUUA